GUGUCAAGAGCAGCUAUCAAAUCAACUAGGAUAUGAGCGAGUUAUCAUCAGCAAAAACUUUUGUGUUUAGUCCUUCCCCUUCCUCCAAGGGAUAUUUUUGAAGCCUCCUGCUUUAUGAACUCUGCAUCUCCUACGUCACGGUCAUGGUUGAUUCUGGUCCCGAUCACAUGGAGAACGCCAGGUCUUUAUCGUCGGGCUUGGAGGAUUGUAACAUCCUGUCGCCGAUUUCUGCAGCCUUGGCCGCGAGUGCUGUCCUAGCCGAAUACUGUCAAAAAGAUGAACUCGAGCCAAUUGCUACCAGUGCCACUCCAGCAGUAAUUCUAGCUAAUAACAAACACAAUAUACAAAGCGCUUUCAACUUAUCAUACAAUGAUACUCGUAGAAUUGCUGCUAGCAAGUCGGUGAAAUUGAAAACUAUAACUGCAGCUACUACUGGUAGUACUAAUGAGAAUUUGGCCUGCAAGAACAACAGCUUGAGACCAAGGAGGCAUGUUGAGACGGGUGAGAUUUUUAACGAAUCGUACAAAAAAAGCUCAUUAAUCUCAGCAGAAUUGCUCACGGCAGCAGCCCCAGUACAAAUGUUCCAAAAACAAGCUAAUUUAAAAGGGUACCAAAUUCCGAAAAAGAAAAAUGGGAACGCUCGACCCGUUGAAGAGGAACGCCGUCCUCAGACGCCGAUAGUGCAUGACGAUCUAGUCCAACCAUACUGCGUUCCAGAGAAAGCAUUACUGCAGCAACAACCAGAAAUAACAUCGGACUAUGGGAGCACGAACAGUGGGGACAGUUUGGACUUGUUUGACAGUAGUAAUAGCAGCAAUGGUGGGGGCUGUAGUGGACACCCCACACCCGAUUAUUGCUACUCAUCAUCGUCUGAAGACGCAUCGACCACCAUCGAACCUUCUUCUCCUAAAAACAAUUUCCAACAUUUUGAAUACCCAAGGAAAAUGAAAUCUAGCACUGAUUCAGAAGAAGAACCAUUUUCACUGGAUAAUCGACCCGCAAUCGAGGACGCUGGAAUGUUUGAAGAUGUAAAUUAUGUGAUAAUAACAUGUGAAGACGAUAUAGAAAUUAUGGAUAUCUUCACAACAGAUGAUGAUGGGAGCACCCUACGAGUGAAAGAAGGAAUUAUUCUGCAACUGCUAGAUUAUGAAGAUGAAGGGUUUGCCGAAGAUAUUCCACAACCACACCAUGACAAAGAAAACAAUUACUAUUACACUUGCACAGAAGAAGGAAAGCCCCAAUCACCAGAGUCUACUAAUCUGCUUGCAUUUGUUAGCAAUAACUUUAAUUAUGGAGAGGAAACACAGGAAAUGCUUGAUUUAGAACUUGGAGCAGUUGAAACUGUGGAAAGUGAAGAGUCAUUUAGAUCCGAUGAGGAGGACAAUGGCAAGAGAAGUGAUGAUGAUGAUAAAACUCAUUUUGAUGUGGACUUGGCUGACGAGGUUGUUAAAUUUUCAAAACGUAGUCAUAGUGGUUCUGGUCAUCGUGACUCUUGUGCUGCAAAAUUCACGGAUACUAAUACUGUCAAAUCGACAAGCAAACCCCUUAGCCCAACAAAUCUGCUGACUUCCGUUCUUGAGAAGACUUUGUUGGUCAAACUUCGAAGGUGUGAUGACAGCGUGUACAUGCCGAAAGGCGAAACCAGGUGUGAAAUGGAGGUUGUCCCAAUCGGAGAACCAUUUAUGAAGACGUCUGACCCUAUUGUGCAACCCCCAAACACGCAGGUUCAAGGAAGACGUCUCUCCCAUAAAAGGAAACACAAGAGGAGAGUGCAAGAAGAGGAGAAUUGGGCCAUUGUAAGCCACUCUGAUGAUCUCAGUAGCAAUGAAUCUACAUCUAAAUGGCCAAUCAAACUAAAAAUCAUGAGGAAGCGUCUGGAAAAUGACGACAACGGUUCUUUAGAAGUCUCCAGUAGCAGCAGCAGCAUCAGUGGCAGUGGGAGAGUAGUACUAGAAAGAGGGAAAGCAGCAGCAUUAUCGACGCCAACAAUGAGAAACACAAGCAGCUCUCAAUUUUUUAAUGGGUCCUGUAAAGUUUGUGGCGCUGAGUGUCCGUACGAAGAAGCUCGAACAUAUUACAUCACGCCCAGUGUAACGACACCAUUUUCCUGUUGCACAUGUUUUGGGGAAUUCAGUCAGUCUGAGUGGACAAGCCACAACAGGUCGUGUUACAUUGUAGAAGAUGACCUCGACGCUAAAGCAUCUCGUUGUCGGGCUGAAACUUUAGGACAUUCUCAUCCCACUUUCGGUGAUUAUACGGUGAUGCGCAGAGACUUUAUAUGCUUACUGUGUUUCAGCUUCAUGGCAAAGUAAAAAUUGAAAUGCACAAGGUAUUCAUAUUCAUAUCAUAUCAAUACAUAAUUCCCAGCUUCAACAAUGCUCAAUGAUUUUGAAUGUAUUAACAUUUAUUAUAUUAAAAUUUUAAACAAAAAUUACAUUAUAUAGUUUAAUACGUUUUUUUACGUUUAUGUAUUUGUAUCCCUUUUACACCCAAACUCUGCCAAAAUAAUAUGCCAAAUUUGCUAUUGUGAGUACAAAUAAUUUGCAGAAAUAAUUCGAAACGCCAAUAAAUAGUAAUGUUUUCACUUUUCUUUGAAUAAAA